AUGGCUGAGACUAAGCCAAAGGUUUUCACGUUAGAGGAGGUGUCGCAACACAACACGGAGAAGGAUUGCUGGCUGAUCGUGUCAGGCAAGGUCUAUGACGUGACUAAGUUUAUGGAUGACCAUCCUGGCGGAUCCGAUGUCAUGGUUUCUUCGACUGGCAAAGACGCUACUGACGAUUUCGAGGACAUUGGCCACAGUAAGACUGCCAGAGACAUGCUCGCUCAGUAUUACGUCGGUGAGAUUGACGAGUCGACGCUACCAGAGAAGCCGAGUAGGAACGGAAGCAGUGCUGGAGGGAGCCAGGAGAGUACGUCAACGUUGAAGCUGUUUCUGCAGUUCUUGAUACCCGUGCUUAUGGUGGUGCUGGCUCUUGCGGUUAGAUCCUACACACAGGUUCCCAAGGUCGAGAGCUAA